AUGACCUUUGUCCCUGAGUUAGCCGUGAGAGAAAUGGGGAGCGGACAGUCUUCGGGAGAAGGGGAGAGGGAAGUGACAGUGGAAGAGAGAGCGGGAGAGGACGGACCUCAGAUAAUCAUAUCGAGUGCACUUCCAGGUGGGAGAAGGGGAGGAGAGAGGAGAGAGGUCAGUGUCUGGCAGAGGAAGUACGAACUGGAGAGAGAAAAGAACUCUGAACUGAAGCAUGUGACUGACGAUGAGUUUGUCAAGACAGUUGGAGAAAUCAGACAAAAAUUCCAAGAGGCAGAUGUGCUGGACAUGCUCCCAGUCUGUGAGGACAAGAGAAACGAAGUCCUCCGGUGCUACCAGAGCCACCCCAGAAAACCUCUCCUCUGCAGCGAUGAAGUCAAAGCCUUCUCCUCGUGUGUGGAGACAGCAAGACAAGUGUGUCUUUAA